UGGUCCCGGGGCAGGGGGAUAUAUAGGAGAGGACCGGCUCUGUUCUGACUGCAAGGCAAGAGCAGAGAACAGACUAGACGGGCCAGCAGAGCAGAACCUGCCCCCGAAGUCCAACAUAAAAGCAAACAGACAACUGAGAGACAGCUACUGAGUUUUGGAGACAGACAGACGGACAGACGGACAGACAGACAGACUGAUAGAAACCUGGUGGAAUUUACUGCUGAGAUACAGCUGUUCUUUUAAUUCGAUGAAUACAAGACUUUUUUUUUUUUUUGCAACAAACCAGACCUGCACAUAACUUUAAAUGAGUUUUGCACUGGAUUUGAUCCCUUUUUAGCUUUUUAUACGUGUGCGUAAUUUUGGGGACAGUUUUGUGGAAGUGGAAAGACUUUGGCUGUGUAGCAAAUAGAGGAAAAACCUUUGAAAGGAUUUAACUCGCCUCAUCAUAGGGACUUUAUUAUCAGUUUCUCUCGCCACUUGUCGGAUAUCAGUUACAUGAUGUGGCUUUUACGCGUUUCCAUUGGUUUAUUAGCCGCUCUGUGCGUCGGCGCCACGCAAAGCGCCUGGGAGGAGAGCACGGUGGUACCGGUCCGACUAGACCCGACGGCCCGGUCGGAGAGCGAAACCGAACAGCGGCGGACUCUCUCCACAGAGGAGAAGGAGAAAGUGGCGGAGAUGAGAGUAUACCGGUUGGACGUAUUUGGAAAGGAACUGAUCUUGCAGCUUGAGCCCGAUCACACCUUCCUGGCGCCGGGUUUUGUGUUCCACAUUGUCGGGAGUCCCGAACCGACCCAGACACCCGAGACCGGGGCCGAGCAGGGAUGCUUCUUCUCGGGACGCGUGAAUGGAGAGGAGCACUCCGCCGCUGCGCUCAACCUGUGCCACGGACUGAGCGGCGGAUUCUACUAUGAGGGUGCAGAGUACUUCAUCCAGCCCCUGAACACCUCUGACUUCAGGGGCGCGGAGGAGGAUGUGCACUCGAUCCGGCGCAGAGGUCGGGCAGGAUUGGCCGAGGAGGGGAGCUCCAAGUGUGGGGUCAACGAGGACGAGGAGAGGGUGCCAAAGAAUCUGGAAAAGGAAACCAGGCAGGAAGCCGCGAACUCAGAGCAGACAGCCCAUCACAGAACCAGGAGGUUUGUUUCCACCCCUCGCUACCUGGAGAUCAUGCUGGUGGCUGACCAGUCCAUGGCUGAAUUUCAUGGUGCUGGGCUCAAACCCUACCUCCUGACCAUCAUGGCUGUGGCAUCCCGCCUCUACCGCCACCCCAGCAUCCACAACUCCAUCAGCCUGGCUGUGGUGAAGCUGCUGGUGGUCUACGAGGAGGAGCGAGGCCCCCAGGUCUCAUCUAACGCUGCCAUGACCCUCCGCAACUUCUGCCAGUGGCAAAGACAGCACAACCCACCCAGCGACCGCCACCCGGAGCACUAUGACACCGCCGUGCUCUUCACCAGGACGGACCUGUGCGGCGCCCACUCUUGUGACACUCUGGGCAUGGCAGAUGUUGGAACUGUGUGUGACCCUGACAGAAGCUGCUCCAUCAUUGAAGACGAUGGCCUCCAGGCAGCUUUUACCGUGGCUCAUGAACUGGGCCACGUCUUCAACAUGCCUCAUGAUGACGCCCAGCUCUGCUCUGGGGUCAACGGUGCUCACUGGGGCUCCCACAUGAUGGCCUCAACCCUGUCCAACCUGGACCAGCAGCAGCCGUGGUCGCCCUGCUCUGCCCUGAUGGUCACCACAUUCCUGGACAACGGCCACGGUCAGUGUCUGCUGGACAAGCCGGUCAAGCCUCAGCCACUGCCCCAGCCGCUGCCCGGUACAGUGUACGACGCAGACCAUCAGUGUCGGCUGACGUUUGGAGAAGACUCGCAGCACUGCCCGGACUUGAGCACCACCUGCGCCGCUCUGUGGUGUACUGUCACUACAUCCAAUGGUCUGCUGGUGUGUCAGACCAAGAACUUCCCCUGGGCUGAUGGGACACCAUGUGGGCAUGACAGCUACUGCCUGGCUGGACAGUGUCUCACGAAAACCCAAGCUGCUAAACACCAGACACCUGUCAAUGGUGGCUGGGGGGUCUGGGGUCCCUGGGGUGACUGCUCCCGGACCUGUGGAGGAGGUGUUCAGUAUUCCUUUCGCUCCUGUGAUAACCCUUUACCCAAGAACGGAGGCAAAUACUGCGAGGGCAAGAGGAUCCAGUACCGCUCCUGUAACACCGAGACCUGCCCUGAUACUAACGGCCUGUCGUUCAGGGAGGAACAGUGCUUGGCCCACAACGACAUGUCGGCCCAAGUGUCACUGGGUUCAGGCGAGGGAGUCGAGUGGGUGCCGAAGUAUGCCGGAGUUUCACCCAAAGACCGCUGCAAACUGGUGUGCAGGGCCAAGGGGACCGGGUACUUCUUUGUGCUCAAAUCUAAGGUGGCUGACGGCACACCCUGCAGCCCAGACUCUACCUCCGUCUGCGUUCAAGGCCAGUGCGUCAAGGCUGGAUGUGAUCGCGUCAUUGGCUCCAACCAGCGCUUUGAUAAGUGUGGUGUGUGUGGCGGCGACGGUUCCACCUGCAAGAAGGUGUCUGGGUCUCUGGAGCGAGCCAGGCCUGGUUAUCAGGAUGUUGUUACUAUCCCUGCUGGUGCCACCCAUGUGGAUGUUAAACAACGGGCGCCUGGCAACGGUCGUCAUGACAACAGCUAUCUGGCGGUGCGUCGCCAGGAUGGCACCUAUCUGUUGAACGGUGACUAUAAGCUGAUGACCAUGGAGACCGACAUCGCCCUGAGAGGGUCUCUGCUGAGGUACAGCGGCUCCUCUGCCACCCUGGAGCGCCUGCGGAGCUUUGCCCCCCUCCCUGAGCCCCUGACCAUCCAGGUGUUGUCUGUCGGGGAGGCCCCAAGGCCCCGGGUUAAGUACAGCUACUUCGCCCCCAGACCUAACAAUGCUGCUUCAGGCUCUAACAGCGGAGGUCGCCGCCAGUCCAUCAACGCCAUCCGAGAGGUGGGUGGAGCCGAGUGGGUCAUGAGGGAGUGGGGCCCGUGCUCCCAGACCUGUGGCGGAGGUACGCAGCAGAGGGAAGUGGUGUGUCUGGACCCCCAGGGCCGCCAAUCAAAAGACUGCCCUGAAGAGCUCCGCCCCUUGGCCUCACGGUCCUGCGCAUCCCAGUCCUGUCCCUCCUGGCUUCUGGGUGAGUGGUCGGUUUGCUCAAAGACCUGCGGCAGAGGCUUCAGGAAACGCCCACUGCGCUGCAUCGGCCACGACGGACGCACACUGACCAAUGACAGCUGUGACCCCAAAGACAGGCCGCGACCCCUUCUGGAACUGUGUAAUCAGGGUCCCUGCUAAAGACCGCCUCCUACUCCCACCUCCCUCCCUCCCUCCCUCCUUCCAUCCAUCCUUCCAUCCUCCUCCAGACCUCAGACUGUUCACUGUCUCUGUUUUCAAUCCCAGAGGCUGCUGAAUGUUUACAUCCAGAGCUGAGGGGCUGCAGGUUUCUCUGGGUUCGAGCUGGUUCAGCAGUGACUGUCCCCCUCCAGCUGUUCUGGACCACAUGUUGGUCCAAUGUGGCCUUGCAGCGAUAAUGACUGCUAGCGCCACAGCAGUGGCACAUUUUGCCUCCCAUCAAGGAGAAGAAAGCAUGGACAUUCCUGAUUUCCUUAACAGCAUGCUGCUUAUCGUGCCAAUGUCAUGCUUGUGUGUGUGUGUGUGUGUGUGUGUGUGUGUGUGUGUGUGUUGGGAGUGUGAGUGUGUGUGUGAAUCAAAUGUUAAAUGUAUAUGAUGUUUGUCCAAGCUGGGCUGGACAGACCUGUACGUUUUAGGGUGGGGGAGGUUAUUGCAGAGUUUAUAAAGAAACAAAUGAAAGAGAAAAGUUCAUAUUGUACUUGCUCACCCCAUCAGGUAUGGAAAUUUGAUAGUUAAGAGUCAGUGUUUAUAUCAAACUUUACAGUUCACCUUUAUUUAUCAUAAAUCUGUAGCACUUCAUCUUUGUUUUUGCCAGCGGCACAUUUUAACACCCAGUUGUUUCUAAAUGCCUCAGUACUAUGUCCUUUAGCCAUAUCUUGCCCUCAUGUACACAGCUGUUAAUGAGGGAACUCUUCAAAGACCAAAGAGGAGUGUGUGCCAGUGUGAAUGACGUGUGUUUCUAAGUGUGUAUGGAGAUAUAAAGAGGGACUUGUCUCCUGCUACUACUUCAUAAGUAAGUCUCUCCUGCCUUCUGCGAAGGCAUGUUUUUUUUUUUUUUUUUCCAUUUUGUACAGAAUAUCCAAACAUUAUUUAUUUUUGUACAGCCUGUUAAAUAUAAUCAUGUGGCUUUUUAAUAUUUUUUAUUGGGUAUUUGUUAUUGAGAUCACAGAAGGAAGUAGAAUAUAUAGAGUAUUUAUACAGUGUUAUAUAUAUAUGGUCCUAGGUUCAUGAAUAAAAUAUCACAUUGACCUUUGCAA